UGCUGCCAUUCUAUCUCCUUCCAGCCCAUCCUCAGCAUCCACCUCGAUUUGACGUCUAACAUGGACGAAACGCAACCUCUCCUAGCAGAUGCAAGAAAGCCCGCGGACAAGUCGAAACAAAGCGGCAGCCCCGGCACUUCCAUCUUCGCCUUUCUGAACGACCAUGAUCCGAACCCACAGGAUUGGUGCACGUCGUACAAAUGGUUCAUCGUGGGCUUGUUAGCCUUCAUGGCCUUCACGACCACCUUCACCUGCAUCUCCGUUGUUCCAUUCGCAAGUGACAUCGUCGCGGACUUGGACGGUCGGACCGGAGGCCACAGUACUUCAACAGCAAGCGUACUACUCGUCACAAUCUGGGAACUGGGAGAGGCGGCCGGACCACUUGUGAUCGCGCCGCUCAGUGAGACCUAUGGACGCUAUCCCGUCUUCAACGUCGCCAAUGCCUUAUUCAUCCUCUCCACGGCUUUGGGAGCUCUGAGCAACAGCACCGCCCUACUGAUCUUUGCUCGAUUCUUGACCGGCGUUUCCGUUGCGAGCAACGUCCUCAACCCAGCGAUUAUAGGCGACAUGUUUCCACCAGAGCGACGAGGGUCCGCAAUGUCUAUGGUUCUGUUAGCUCCACUAGUUGGCGGCGCCAUUGGACCGGCUAUCGCAGGCUCCAUCGCACAAACACUCGGAUGGAGGUCUGUACUCUGGAUGAGUCUGGCGCUCGCGCUUGCCGUCGAGGUACUAUUCGGUUGUUUUCUCCGCGAGACGUACUCUACACCACUCCCGCCGGGGCUCGUUCCCGAGUAUAUCGCGGAAACUCCAGACUGCGCCGACGAAGAGGAGAUCAAGAAGGCCGCCGUACCCGACGUCCGCGCAAACCACGAGAUCUGGACAGCCAUAGCGCGCCCCGCAAGAAUGCUCUUCGGCUCCUUCGUACUCCAGGCUAUGUCCCUGUAUGGGGCGGUUGUCUUUGCGUUCUUCUACGUAAUGUCCACGACGCUACCCGGUAUCCUUCGAGACCAAUAUAACCUCCCGCCAGCAAUUGUUGGUACCUCAUUCCUGGCUUUCAGUGUCGGCUCAGCGUUAGGGAUUGCAGUCUGUAACACUCUGCUCGACCGCAUUUACUCUUCGUUGAACGCCAAACGGACCGACAGCAAACCACUACCGGAAGCUCGCCUACCCCUCGCAAU